AUGCAAAUCCUAGUAAUCACCUGCCCAAGCGGCAAACAAUGCUCUCAUCUCAUCCCUCUCUUAUACAAUGAAUCCAAAUUCAAACUCCGUCUAGCAGCCCACACCCCCGAAUCCGCCUCCCGUCUCCAAACCACCUACCCCGAAGCCGAAGUACAAAUCUGCGACACCACCUGCCUGGCCGAAUGCCGCAAGCUUCUCAGCAAUGCAACCUCGGUCUACCACGUGGGCCCAUCGCUCCACUCCCGGGAAAUGGAAAUCGGGAUCAACAUGAUCGACGCCGCUGUCGCCGAGAGUCAAAAGCCCGACACUAGCUUCAAGCACUUUGUCUAUUCCAGCGUGCUCGGCACCCAGCACCGAAACCUCAUCCAACACGACCACAAGAGCCGCGUCGAAGAAAGACUGCUACUCAGUCCUCUGAACUUCACAAUUCUCCAGCCGACCAAUUUCAUGGACGCGUACCCGGCCGCUGAUCUCGCGAAGAUAGAGAGCCCGUCUAUCAAGUAUGCCUGGAACAUCUUUAACCCGCAUGUGGCCAAUAGUCUAGUUGCGCUCAGGGAUCUGGCUGAAGCCGGGGCCCGGGUUUUGAACGAGCGGGAAGUACACUAUUUCGCUCAGUAUCCGCUCUGCUCGACGUUCCCGGUGUCUGAUGUGGAUUUUGUUGAUGUCAUUGGGGACUAUAUUGGUAAGAAGAUAGAGGUUCCAACUCCGACUCUUGAAGAGGGCGCUAGCAAGGUGCUCAGGCUUUUAUAUGCCGGGGAAAGCGGCGUGUAUAGUGGGGAUCAUGUAGUCUCGGAUCUGAGAUGGCCGGCCGCAAAGGGAGAUUUACGUCCUGAUAUUACAAGGGACGAGGCUGAGAGGCUGGUUUUGUUUUAUAAUCGGCGUGGAUUGAAGGGGAAUCCCAGGGUUUUGAGGUGGUUGAUUGGGAGGGAGCCUACGACUGUUGCUGAGUGGGUGAAGAUUCAAUUGGCAGGGUAG